CCGCGGGAGGCCGGGCGCCUCCGCUUGCGCAUGCGCGGGGGGCGGUGCGGCCCGGCGCGGGGUGCGCUGGGACUUCGCGCGCGGCCCUUCCUCAGCCUGUCCCGCUUCCUUCCCCGCUGGACAUGGCCAAGAGCCUGAGGAGCAAAUGGAGGAGGAAGAUGCGGGCGGAGAAGAGGAAGAAGAACGCGCCCAAGGAGCUGGAGAGGCUGAAGAAGAUCCUGGGAACCAAAGCGGAUGUCAUCAUGGAGGAGGUCAAGGAGGUGGCGACCGUGCUGCCCCCUGAGAAAGUCCUGGAGCAGAGAGAUGACUGCAAAAUGGAGCUGGAUAAUAAACGAAACAAAAAAACUCUUCUAGACCAGCAUGGACAGUACCCAAUAUGGAUGAAUUCCAGGCAAAGGAAGAAGCUUAAGGCUCAGCGCAUUAAAGGGAAAAAAAAAUCAAAAUUGGCCAAAGGCCUCGUCUGGUAGAAUCAGUUUUGUACCAUCAUGAAUAUUUUGUUCUACACAAUAAAUUUCUCACAGUAAUUAA